CCGAUUAAUUCCGGAACUUCGCCAGUAAAGCAACACCACGCACCAGAACCAAUCCACGCGAGAGAAUUCCUCUAGAAUUGAAAUAAAGUAAUAGAACCGUGGUGAUAGUUCAGUUUUGUUUACCGUUCGAAGGAGAAAAAGUGUUAUAGAAACAGCCCGCGUUGUUUCCAAAGUUCUCCCUCCCGCAGUAUACCGCCCGUUGCCAGCACAGUCUGUGCGUUGUUGUCAUUCUUUUUUCCUUUCCUCACGAGGCCGGCGGCGGACGUACCUCGAUCAGUGGUCCGUAUAGUUCGGUUACAGCUGCUCCGGGACACUUAAGACCUUUAUUAUUACCUUUACUAUAAUAAUAGUGAAAAGUGUAGUUUUUGUGAAUACGUUUUCGUUGUUUUGGUGCUUUUCUUGUUAUUAGGAAGAAGUUGUUCUGAAAAUUUGCAGUUUAUAUAUUUGUAUAUAUUGUAAUAUAAAUCAUGGGUGCUCGGCAGUCUAGAAGAUCAGUUGAUAUUACUACAACUCCCAAGAAAGGCGAAGGAGAUUGUCCCGUCAUUGAAGGAGAGGGUAUAGUCAAAGAGAUCGGGGAAGUUGAUCCUAAGAUUACAACUAAUGGAACUGUUCACACGGAGGCAGAAAGCAAUGAGAAAGAGAAUGGAACGGAUGAGGAGAAAAAGGAUGAGGAAACGGUAAAAGAGAAUGGUUUACCUGAAACGGAAGAGGCCCAAACGCCGGACACGGAAGGUGGUGGCGACAGGGAUAAAAAAGACAUAGAAACACCCACCACUCCCGAAAAAGCCGCAACAGCCGAUGAAAAAUCAGCCGAAGAAACCGCCACAGAAAAAAGCAAGGAAAAAACGAAAAAGAAGAAGAAGUGGUCGUUGAGAAGCAUAUCAUUUUCGAAGAAGGACAAAUCUAAACCGACCAAGGAUAAGGAGAAGAACGGUGAAGUCGAAGAAGUUACGGAAGACGCAGCAGAUACAACCGCCACAACUCCAUCCGGAGAUGCUCCAAAAGAAGUUGAAAAGAAACCGGUAGAAGAAUCUGCCGCUCCUGCUGCGGAAGCAGCAGCAGCACCGCCAGCGGUGGCAAACGGCGAUGCAACCGCUGAAGAAGUUGCCAAAACCGAUGAGGUAAAGAAGGAAGAAGUUGUCGAAGAAAAGAAAGUCGAAGAAACUCCAAAAGAGGAAGCAUCAGCUCCUGCAGUUGAAGAAAAGAAAGAAGAACCGGCUGUAGCCAAGGAAGAAACGCCGGCGGCACCGGAAGCCGCCCCCACACCAGCUGCCGAGGAAAUCCCUAAAGAGGUGCGUAAUGAAGAAAUCCCCCCGCCAUUGCCCGCUUCCAAUCCCCCCAACCCGGUGAUGGUGUUCGCUGAAUCCACCAAGGCCGACGUUGUUCCGGUAACGGAACAACAACCCCCUGUUGAGUCCACCCCCAAACAAACCGAAACGGCAACCGAAAGUUCCCUAAAAUCUGAAAUAACCCCCCAGGCAGAGACAAAAGUGGAAGCUAAAACAGAAGAAAUUAAAGCCGACGAAACUAAAACCGAGGAACCUGCAAAAGUUGAGGAUGUUCCGAAAGCCGAAAAUGCUCCAAACGUUGAAGCAGCGCUGGAAGCUGCUCCAACUGCUGUUGUAGAAGAGAAGGCGCCGAUUGUCGAAGAGAAAACAGUUCCUGCUCCAGAAGAAAAAGUUCCUAUUACUGAACAAAUCAAACCGGAAGAACAAAAAGCUGAAGAGCCCAAACUAGAAACACAACCGGCUUCAAAAGAAGAUCUUCCAAUGAAAGAAGAGGAGAAACAACUAAUAGUUGAAGAAAAACCAGCGGUUGAGGCCGAAAAACCUUCAGUUGAAGCUGAAAAGUGUCCAGUGGAAACAGAAAAAGCUCCAGCUGAACCAGAAAAAGCUCCGGUUGAAACAGCAAAUGCUCCAGUUGUAGCUGAAAAUGCUCCAAUUGCUGAAGGAGAAAAAGUUCCUGUAGAAGCAGAAAAGCUUCUAGCAGAACCCGAAAAAGUUUCAUUUGAAACUGAAAAACAGCCAGCUGAGGCUGAAAAAGCUCCAGUUGUUGUAGAACAACCAGUUGAAGCUGAUCCUGCAAAAGCUGAGACUACCGAAAAGACUGAUACACCACCGGCAGCUGAACCAGAACAAUUAAAACCAGAAGAAAAACAAGAAUUACAAAAACCCGAAGAUGUCCAAAAGACUGAAGCACCACAACCAACAGCAACCAAAGAAGAAGCGGCACCACAAGUAGAAAAGACUGAAACUCCAGAACCAAUUUCUGAAUCUUGUAGUCUUCCACCUCCAAGUCCUGUAGCAGCGGUAGCUGAAACAUUGGUAUCGGAAGAACCAACUUCGUUACCCCCCGUGCCAGAUAGUGUACCAACACCAGAACCGGUUGGUAACGCAGAUUCAUUACAAGAUGUCUCAACAGAAUCUCUGCCGUCUUUGCCAGAACCUAUGUCUGAAACAUUACCGCCAAUGUCUCUGCCUCCCGUAGACACAAUCCCGGAACCGAUUGCCACCGACGCUUCAAUUUCUUCGACACCCGUUCCUGAACUUCCCAAAGAAAGUCCCGCGGAAUCCCCAGUAAAAUCUCCACAAUCAUCCGAGUCCCCUGUCGUCGCCAAACAGGAACAGAACGAAGCCGCUCCUCUCACCAACGGAAACACAAACGGAUUGCCUUCACCGAGUCCUCCCGCUGAAAGUCAGGUUGCCGCGACCGGAUCACUGAAACAGGUUGCCACUAUUCCUGAACCAGUCACAGCGGCUGAAAAUGGAGACAAAGCAGCUGAACAAGCGACUCCAGUGGCAGCAGAAGAAUAAAACCAUGAAAAACAAACAUCAUGCAAACGUUCUUCUGUAUACAUAUAAAUGAACUUUUUUCUGUGUUUAGAAACCGAACGAAACGUGUUAGAGACAAAAAAUAAUGUAAUAAAAAUACAAAUCCGGAGCAUUCCGGGCAGUGUCACCGUUUGACCAAAAUUAAACGCCAAAACUGCCAAUUUAUUACUCUACAUUUAAAAAGGACUUGGAAAAAAGAAACAAAUUUAGAUCAUGUUUUUUAUUAUUAUAAUUAUUUACAUGUCUCCAGAUUGGUUGAUAAUGAUGUUAUGGUGAUGAGUAUCAAAUAGGUCCAACGUGAAAACAUUUUUAUAGUUGAAAUACUCUCCUUAAAAUUAAAAAAAAUCUUUGUGUUGAGUAAAAAAAAAGCAAAAUUAAAGAAAUAUUUGGACAAUUUUUAUAUUAUACUGGGAAGGAGUUUUUUUGACUCACCCUUAAUCUUCUUUUAUACUAAAAAAAUACGUAUACAAUUGUAAAAAAUAAUUAAAGUUAGUGUCUAAUGUUA